AUGAAAUCUCUGCAAGUAUUUACAUUAGAGCAAAUCAAAUGUCACGAUAAUUCCAAUGACUUAUGGAUGGUAAUAUACAAUAAGGUAUACGAUGUGACAAGCUUCAUACCCAGUCAUCCCGGUAGUGCUGAAGUUCUUCUUGAUUGCGGUGGAGUGGAUGCUACUGAGGCGUUUGAAGAUGUUGCACAUUCGGAUGAUGCAUUUCAAAUGCUAGAGCCUUAUUUUAUCGGCAAUCUAGAAUCUGCAGAUUGCAAGAAAUAUAACACUUCGAGAAACCCAUCAUCCAACAUAGAUUUUGCUAAGAAAAAUCAGAAGAAAGACGAUAGUCCUAGGCAACAAGAGUACAAACUUAAGCUCCCAGACAACUUUCUAGAAAAGCUAUGGAUUGUAUUAUUAAUCAUCAUAGCAUUGUUUUCCAUCAUGUUGUAUUUGAGUCUUCAGAAGGUGAAAUGGAAUUACACGGGACAAUUGUAA